CUUUUCCUCUGUAUAAAAAACCCCUCUCUCACAGGUCACAGACCCUAACCCACAGAUACACAAAUACACACGGAUCUUUCUUCGAGGGUUUGAGAAAAUGGAGAGAGGUAACUACAGUCGCGGCGGGGGUGAAAGAGGUCGCGGUGGAGGUGGUCGUGGCGGUGGCGGUCGCGGCGGGAGAGACGGAGGGGGUCGUGGCGGUGGCGGUCGCGGCGGCGGUGGGAGAGGAGGUGGAAGAGAUCAGCAUCAUCAACAGUAUCAGAAUCCGUACCAUCAGCAACAGUACGCUGGUGGUGGUGGUGGUGGUGGAAGAGGAAGAGGAGGAGGGGGUAGGGCUUCAAGCUACGGUGGUGCGUAUCAGGGUUCGGGCCAGGAAGGGGGUUAUCGGCCGGCGCAUGGGCAAGGUGGGGCCUACAGGCCGCCGUCUGGUCAGGGUGUGGGACCGGCGAGGCCAGAGUUCAGCGAGAGUUCCGGUAGGGGUGGGUAUGGAAGAGGUAGUGGAGGAGGAGGAGGAGGAGCUUGGGGUGGUUCAAGCAGGGCUUGGGUUGCUUCAGUUCCUGAACAGUCUCAAUCGGAGUCGCAGAGGACUCCUGAGCCUCUUCCAGAUGAUGUCAUCCCAGACAUACAGUCAAUAAAGAUCUCGGAGCAACGGCCACCUUCAUCAUCUAUUUCAGGGAGUACUGACAAAAAAUUGGUUCCAGUUCAGCGACCUGACAAAGGGGGCAGGAAUUCUAUUCGGGCAGUCAAUCUUCUUGUUAAUCAUUUUCCAGUCCAGUUCAAUCCAGAGACCAUCAUAACACAUUAUGAUGUGGAUGUUAAACCAGAGGUGACUUUCAAGGGUAGAUCUGAAAAGAUUCCAAAAUACAAGCUUCAAAUGAUCAGGGAAAAGCUUUUCUCUGAUGACCCAACUCGGUUUCAGUUGGCAAUGACUGCCUAUGAUGGUUCAAAGAGCAUUUUCAGUGCAGUUUCACUGCCCACUGGGAAAUUCAUAGUGGACUUAUCAGAAGGGGAGGAUGUGAAGAGAGCUUCUUAUAUUGUUACUAUAAAUGCAGUAAAUGAAUUGAAGUUUUGCAAGCUGAAGGACUACUUGUGUGGAAACCUAUCAUCCAUUCCCCGUGAUGUUUUACAGGGAAUGGAUGUGGUAAUGAAGGAGAAUCCAUCUAGGAAUAGGGUUUCGCUAGGUCGAAGCUUUUACCCUACAAAAUUCAAUAAAGAAGAUGACCUUGGGGGCGGCAUUGCGGCUAUGAGAGGAUUUCAGCAAAGUCUGAAACCCACCUCCCAGGGGCUAGCUUUGUGCUUGGACUACUCUGUAUUGGCAUUUCGCAAGCGAUUGCCAGUUAUAGACUUUCUUAAGGAGCACCUUUGGGGAUUUAGUCUAAAUGAUUUCAGAAGGUGGAGAAGAGAUGUGAUUGGUGUAUUAAAAGAUUUGAGAGUCACAGUAACUCACCGUGUUACCAAACAAAGAUUCAAAAUUGCAGGGUUAACAGAUCAAGACACACGAGCUAUCACUUUUGACGAGAUUGAUCCUGAAGGCACUAUUCCACCAAGGAAAACAUCACUUGUUGAUUAUUUCAGGAGGAAAUAUGGUAAAGAAAUUAUUUACCAGGAUAUUCCUUGCUUAAAUUUGGGGAAAAACAAGCAAAACUAUGUGCCAAUGGAAUUCUGCAUAUUGCUGGAGGGGCAAAGGUACCCAAAGGAGGAUCUGGAUAAAAAUGCUGGCUUGUUUUUGAAGGAACUGUCACUUGCUAAGCCAAAUAUCAGAAGGAAUGCCAUCUGUGAGAUGGUGCGGGCUGAGGAUGGACCUUGUGGGGGAAAUGUCACUGAGAAUUUUGAUAUUCAAGUUGUCAAGAACAUGACACCAGUGGUUGGGCGUGUUCUUGGGCCACCUGAUUUGAAGCUGGGGGCUUCCAGUGGUAAUGUGAAAGUUGAUAGGGAUAAAUGUCAAUGGAACCUUGUUGGGAAAAAGGUGGUGGAUGGAAAACCAGUUGAGCGAUGGGCAUUACUAGAUUUCAGCUCGUCUGACCGCCGUUUCGCACUUGCAGUUGACGAUUUCAUUUAUAAUCUCCAGAAUCGGUGCAAAAAUCUGGGGAUCAGAAUGAAUGAUCCUCUUGUAUAUCGUCCCGCUAAUAUGAACGUGUUCCUUGAUGCUCGUAAGCUACGUCAACUCCUUGAAGGUGUUAUGGAGGAGGCCAACAAAGUUGGCAUGGGUCGUUUACAAAUCAUUGUGUGCGCCAUGAGUAAAAAGGAUCCUGGCUAUAAGUUUCUGAAAUGGAUUUCUGAGACUGAUAUUGGGAUAGUAACUCAGUGUUGUUUGUCCGAUCGUGCCAACAAAAGACAGGGACAGGAUCAAUAUUUUGGCAACCUUGCUCUUAAAAUGAAUGCUAAGCUUGGAGGCAGCAAUUUUGAACUCCUUGAACGACUCCCAAAUUAUUUUGGAGGAAAUGGCCAUGUUAUGUUCAUAGGGGCUGAUGUUAAUCAUCCUGGCUCCUAUAACUCAACUUGUCCGUCAAUGGCUGCAGUUGUUGCCACGGUGAACUGGCCAGAAGCAAAUCGCUAUGCUGCUCGUGUUUGCCCUCAAGACCACCGCAAGGAGAAUAUUUUGAAUUUUGGAAGCAUGUGUCUUGAUCUUGUGCAUAAUUAUGCUCGGAUCAACAAAGUCAAGCCAGAGAAGAUUAUUGUUUUCCGUGACGGAGUGAGUGAAAGUCAAUUUGAUAUGGUUCUGAAUGAGGAAUUUCUUGAGAUGCAGAGGGAAUUUCACAAGGAAAAUUACUACCCUACAAUCACUCUUAUUGUAGCCCAGAAACGACAUCAGACUAGAUUGUUUCCCGUAAGCCAGAGGGAUGCAGGUCAAGCUGGGAAUGUGCCUCCCGGAACUGUUGUGGACACAACAGUUGUUCAUCCAUUUGAGUAUGACUUCUAUCUCUGUAGCCAUUAUGGGGGGCUUGGUACAAGUAAGCCCACCCACUACUAUGUUCUCUGGGACCAGCACAACUUCACCUCUGACAAGUUGCAGAAGCUCAUUUAUGACUUGUGCUUCACGUUUGCUCGUUGCACCAAACCGGUCUCCCUUGUUCCUCCGGUUUACUAUGCUGAUCUCGUUGCAUACAGGGGACGCAUGUUCCAGGAGGUGGUGAUGGAGCUGUAUCCUGCUUCUGUAGCAUCGUCGUCUUCCGGGAUGACUUCAUCGACAAUGGCUUCCGCUUCAUUUGAUGAUAAGUUCUACAAGCUGCAUCCUGAGCUUGAGAACAUAAUGUUUUUUGUCUGAAAGGCGGUCAGCGUGGCGGCCACCGAACGGAAUUUCCUUCUCUAUUCACCACAGAGGAGGAGAUUUUACCAUUUCACCGUUGUUCCCAAACGCCGGUCAAAUCUCCUUUCCUAUAGACAGUAGUGAAGGAGUUUGUGCGUGAAUCUAAUGGGUUUUGUGUUUUGUUCUCUAGUUUAUUAUGGUUUUACAGUCACCGUGUAGGCACUUGGUAUGGUAAGGCCAUAGCCUCUUUUGUGGUCUUUUAAUGGGUUUCAAGUCGUGGUAUUUGCUUUGUGUUAAGUGAUGGGUACGCAAUGUCUUUGGGAUUUUGUCUGAUUUGUUUCACCGAACUGUGAUGGGUUUAAAUUAUUAUGUUUUUUUACUCUCUUAUGGGGUUAAAGUUGUAGUAGUAUGUGUGCGCUCUUUGUGAGGUCAAUGAUGGUUUGGUCUUCUUGUUAUGAUGGCUGAUAUAUUAAUAGUUAUUAAAUAAAUGCCAAGUUUAUUUUCUAUUUAA